AUGAAUUCAGGAAACACGGAAAAGAAGAGCUGGUGGUCCAGCUUCACCUCCUCUUCAGGACCCCAUGGCUUACAAAACCAAGGGUCAACCUGCUACUUGAACUGUGUGCUACAGGUGCUGUUCAUGACCAAGGAUUUCAGAGAGGCUGUGGAGAGGCUCUGCUGUGAGAAUCACAACUGUGAGAAUCUCAACCGUGUGGAGAAGUUUGAUUUUCACCUUCAACGCUUAUUCGAUGAAUUAAAGACACGCAAGGCUUACACAAAUAGAAUCACACGUGAACUGGGCAUCAACAACGUGCAUGAGCAACGUGAUGCUGCUGAGUAUUUAGAGAAGAUUCUGAGUCGGACCAGCCCUGAUGCAUCGAAGAUAUUCUGUGGACAGCUGAGACACAGAAACACCUGCCACCAAUGUCAGACACCCGUUGAUGAAGACGGGCCAUCAGCAGGCUCUAUGCCACUUGCAGAUUUGAGUUUUACUUGUCCGACUGUUUCUCAGUGA